UUCUAUCUUUCUUUUUGCCGCUUAUUUGUUUUAUAAUUUUCUCGGUAAUUAUAUAAAUAUUAAACAAAUUUAUUGUUUAAAAGUGUUAAUUGAGUUAAGCCGAGUAUAAUCGUGCUCUUUUUACCUUUAACUUCGGUUUAUUUCGUGAGGUCAAUUUUUAGUUCUAUAACAGUUCCUAUUGGGAGCACCAUAUUGGCGUCAUCUUGUAAAGAAACAAAGCAGAGUGUGGUCGUUUAGUUCGUGUUUUGUAAAUAUAUUUAGUAUUUAGUUAUAAAUAUAAAAAAUUUUUAAAUAUGAGUGCUAAAGAAAAUAAUUCUGAAGUCGCUUUAGACAAAGUCGACGCCAACGAAAAAAGCAAUUCAGAUGCUAAAUCAGACGUUAAAGGAUCAAAAAGGCCGGCUGAAGAUAAAACAGACGAAGUUAAAAAACAGAAAAAAGAAGAAAACGGCGAAGAUAAAGAUGUCGAAGACGAAGAAAUUGUAGAAGGCGAAGAAGAUGAUGAGGAUGAAUUAGGGGAAGAUGAAGAAGAAUUAGAUGAAGGCGAAGGUGAAGCCGAAGAAGAAGAAGACGAUGAGGAAGUAGACGCAGAAGCCGACGGCGUGGAGGAAGAGGAAGACGACGCGUAACGUGAACAAAAGUAAAAAAAAACUCCAGACUAAGAAUUUUGACCUCCGAACAGUCGAUUCCCCUUCUACUAAUAAGAAAAACAUAACGAAUUAUUAAUUCGCAGUCAAGAUUUUAUUCAUCAGUUUUUAGUUUUAGCUUUUGUUUUCGUUACAAUGAAUUACGACAAAAGAUGUUUUACUUUGAAAUUUAAUAAUUUUACUCUCUCAUCAUGUUGAAUGUACCUAAUCGUUGUUUCCAGUUUUGUUAUUGAUCUUCUAUAUUUUUCACCUUAAAUUUCGACUUUCUCAUAUAUGUGUGUGUGUGUGUGCUUGAUACGUUUUGCAUCAUUUUAGUUUUAUAUUCUAGUAAUAUAAAAUUAUUAUCUGCGAUAAUAACGAUGUAAUUUAUAUACUAUAUAAUUGUUAGGAUACGCGUGCGAGUGUGAACGAGUAAAUGUGUGUGUGUGUGUGUGUGUGUGUUUGUAAACUUGAAAUUAAUAUUCAACUUGAAAAAAAAAUUGAUAAAUUUUGGUAUUUUUUGUUACGUUGGCGAGGAAUUUUUAUUUCAUUUUUUUUCCUUUAUACGUAAUAAACAAAAUUUUUACUGCGGCGGUGAAAGGGGAAAGACUAUUCAAAACUUAGACUAAGUUAUUGUAAAUUUUUUAAAUAUUUUUAAAUUAUUUAUACCUUUCUGUUUUUCCCGUUUUUAUAUACCUGCACUCGGGUGUGGGAAUAAUUUCUUUUUUUUUCUCUCUUCUAGUAGAAAAUUUCGUUCGAUUUGAUUUUCUUUUCCUUUCGUUUCGUGGUUAAUCGACUCCGAUAUUUUGGAAAAAUUUGUUUGGAAAUUCUACAGAGAAACCCCUCCCCCUCCCUAUUUUUUUUUUUUUUUGAAAUCAGCGUGUAAAGUACUUAAAUUUCCGGUACGAUUUGGCGCCUGUGUAACGAUUUCAGUUUUACUACCACGAGAUAAGCGUUUAAUCAAGACGGACGUGAUGUAGGACUCCUCCACCCCCUCUCCCCCUUCCGGCACCUCUGUUGCCCAUCUUUUUGGGGGGGCAAAAUUUUUUCGAUCACGAAGGAAGAAUGAGCGAGCGACGACGUCACGGUGUGUGAAUUUUGUUCGGAAAACGAUGGUCUUCGGAGCCCGGGGGGAGAGGAGGUGUACGAAGAGAUGAUACGUAUUUCAAAGGAGUCGUGGAAAAUCGUAACGUACUAGUUCGGAUUGUUUGUCGUCUUGUAUCUCUCUUCCCCAGAUCAUCUUUUUAUUUAUUUUUUUCUCCGUCAUACCGUUUAUUUGAAUGUCCCUGUACGCGAUGAUGUAGAUAAUUAACGUACCUACGAUGUGUUUGUGUAUGUUUAUAAAUGUAUGUGUGUGUAUCAUGACGAUGACGACGACGACUAUGAUGAGAUAGCUUGCGUAUGGAGGAAUCGUAGUAGUAGAAAUACCGUGACGAAAAGAUGGGCGCAGAGAGACAGCAUUCCGUAAUUUUUAAGCUUCUUUCCUCCCCGACGACGGAUGAUGUAUUUUCUUCCGAUUUCAUUUCACUGGUUGAAAAUUCCUAAUCGUUGGAUCGUGCGUCGAGAAAUGAUUUUCCUAAAAAAAAUUCGAGUCAUUGAUGAAUUUUUCUCCCUCCUCGUGCAAGUAGACGCUUCUCUGGCUGAAGUGAUACGCGAGUGUGCAUCACUCCUCGUCUGUGGUGUGUUUGAGAGUGAUGUAUGCUCCUGCCCCUGCCCCCGCCCCCUCCUUGUUGGGGCCGUAUCACCUCAUCGAGAGAACCGAGCAGAAAAAUUAGGUAUUUUGAUAUACGAGUAAUACGAAUGCUGGGGAAUUUCUAGAUCGCGGAGUCGUUUUUCUUAUUCUUUUCUUCUAUGUUUUUUUUUUUUUUUUUGUUCUCAGUACUCGGGCAGUAUGAAAAUUUUUGUCAUGAAAUCUUAUCAAACGAAUAAGUGUAGUAAAUUGCUAUGAUGUAUUAUUAUAUUCGUUAUGAUUACAAUUUUCACGUUAUAUUUUAAUUAUGUUUAAGGAUUAAUAUUAUGCGUGUAUCGUUAGUUUUAUUAUUUCUUAAUUUAUAAAUAAAAACUACAAAAUUGAAAUAGUUUUGUUAAUGAUGAAUUUACCAUAAAUCAGUUACAUCGCAGUCGAAAUCUUCGCGGGUUUCUCAACAUACUAGACCUACCUAUAACGAAAGAAUAGAAGUAUUUGAUUACAGAAGACGAAUCGCAAACACGAUACCGGCAUUUACCUAUUUUCGAAUUUUGAAAUUAUUUUGGAACGAAAGAUUUUCAUUCAUUUAGGCGUAUGUUUUCAUGAAAUUUAUACACGUAUACCUAUCUAUUUAUGUGUUUUUAACUCUUGUUUCUAUCUGUCUGUUUGUUUUCUCUUGUGUGUUCGUGUGUGUGUGUGUGUUAUCGUGUCGCAGUUUUUAAUAUACAUAUAUAUAUUAAGUAGGUAUUAACCUACCUAUUAUAAUAUGUAGCCUAAGUAUUCAUUAAUAUUCUUCUUUUCCUUUUUUUUUUUUGGUCUUUUAAGCAAUGCUAGCAAGAUUCUAUAAUGACGUCGUUAAUGUGAUACUUGUGUUACGUAUUAAAACAAUUAUUGUGUGUACAAUUUAGUAAGAUGAAGUAAUUUAUUGAUUUUUCCCCUACCUUUUUUUUUCUUUUUUGGUCUUCGGUAUUGAAAAUUAUUAUUAUCGCUGGUAUUAAUACUCCGCUUACUAUAAUGAGUUUCUUUUUUCCUGUUUUUAAUAUUUUAAUGUACUUAGAUACUUUACAUACCUGUUUCUUAUAAUGUUUUUGCUCCACUUCUCAGAUAUAGUACGUAGACGUACCCUAAUUUUGUAGUGAAAUUUUUAUUAUACUUUGCAAAAUGCGAGUUGAAAAUUUGAACGAAAGUCGAAAAGAAUAUCUAACUAUCCGUCUGUUGUAUACUACAAUUUUAUUUAAUGUGUAAAACAAUUCAUUCCAUUCGUUCGAGAUAUUGUUUUGCUUGUUGUCUCUUUUUUUUAAACGCUUAUUCAAGACUAAAAUUGUUUACAAGCGCCAAAUUUGUGUAGUAUUAAAUGUGUAUAAUUUUUCUG